CUUCGGAAAGCUCGAGCCCAGGUCGAGAUGUAUAAAUAGACGGGCAUUCGCUGCUGGGAGGGGGAUAGACCACUCACUAUUCUCUCGCGCAAGGCCACAUCCCUCGACCGCCUCUUUUAACCCAUACCACGCCGAUCAAUAUAUAGUCGGGAAUCAUCCGAACCACAAUGCCCGAGUACGCCAAAGACCAGCCCGCGGGCUACAAAAACACCAUCGAAAAAGUAGCCAUCGUUGGCGCCGGAGGCACAAUCGGCUCGCACAUCACCAAGGCCCUCCUCUCCACGGGCAAACACACCGUCACCGCGCUCUCCCGAGCCGGCAGCACAAACACCCUUCCCAGUGGCAUCCAGAUCGCCACAGUCGACUACAGCGACGAAAGCACGCUCAUCACCGCCCUACAGAACCAGGACUUCCUAAUCAUAACCAUGGCCCCCACCGCACCGCGCGACACACACAGCAAACUCGUCCAAGCAGCGUCCAAGGCCGGCGUCCCCUACGUCAUGCCAAACGGGUAUGCCGGUGACAUCGAGCAUGUCGCGCUCGGUAACGAUACACUGCUCGGCCCCGUGGCGAAGGCGGCUCGAGAUGAGAUUGAGCGGCUGGGCAUGCAGUGGGUUACGGUUUGCUGUGGGUUCUGGUAUGACUACAGCCUUGGCGGUGGGGAGAGUCGGUUUGGGUUUGAUUUUGACAAGAGGGCUGUGACGUUUUAUGAUGACGGAACCACGAGAACUUCGGUUUCCACCCUUGUCCAGGUUGGACGGGCAGUUGCGAAUGUUCUUAGUCUCAAGGUUCUUCCGGAGGAUGAAAGGGACCAGAGUCUGACGCUGUCGGCGUUCCUUAAUCAGGGCGUGUAUAUCAAGAGCUUCGUCCUUAGCCAGAGGGAUAUGUUUGAGAGCGUCAAGCACGUUACUGGGACGACUGACGCAGACUGGACGAUUACGCACGAGGACACGAAGAAGCGGUAUGCGGAUGGCCUGGCGCAGGUCAAGAUGGGGAAUAUGGCUGGGUUCAGCAAGUUGCUAUAUGCGAGGGCGUUUUACCCGGAGGAUCCGGGUGAGCACUCGGGCAAGGCGCAGAAUGAGUUGCUCGGCUUGCCGGAGGAGAGUCUUGAUGAGGCUACAAGAGCCGGGAUUGAGUUGGAAAAGGAGUUGAAGAAGAGAGUUGAGCGGAUGGCAGCUUAGAGGGUGCAUGCAUAGGUAUGGGAUUUGUGAUAGUGUAUGUUUAGUAGUUUCUGAAUGAUAAUUUGGUUGGGGC